CUUUUGCUUCUCUAAACUCUAGGCCUACGAGUUGGGACGAUGCUGGCAAGGUUCCGCAAUAUUCGCCUGCAUUCUUAGAGAAGACUCCGCGCCAUCCCUUCCGCUCUUCUCGCCACUUCAACAUGGCCACGGCCUCGAAAAUCCCGUAUUGGCGACUAGUCUUCGACCAGAAGGUCGUCACGCCCGAGAUUGUUGAUUACACCUAUGAUGGCGACGGCACGGAGGAGUCGCCCUACGCGGUGAUUUGGAUCCCCAAUGAUCCACGCAAUCCCAUGAAUUUCAAGGACCUGACGAAGUGGCUGUACACCGUGCAAGUGUCCUUCGUCACGCUGACCGUGGCCCUCGUUUCCUCCGUCUACUCAGGAGGUAUGGGCUCGGUCGUGCUGGAGUUCCAGUGCGAGGAAGAGAUCGCCAUCCUAGGCAUUUCCCUGUUCGUCCUCGGCUUCGCAUUCGGGCCAUUGCUGUGGGCGCCCAUGAGCGAGGUAUUCGGCCGCCGCAAUGUCUUCACGAUAACCUUCGCCAUCCUCACAGCCUUCAACGCUGGUGCGGCAGGAGCCCAGAACAUCCAGACGCUGGUCAUCCUCCGGUUCUUUGCCGGGUUCUUCGGCUCCUCGCCUUUCGGCAACGCGGGCGGGACCAUCGCCGAUAUGUUCCCGGCCUCCAAGCGCGGGAUCGCCAUCAGCCUGUUCGCGGCCGCACCUCUCUGCGGCCCGACAAUCGGGCCCGUGAUCGGCGGCUUCCUGGGUGCCGGCGCCGGCUGGCGCUGGGUCGAAGGCUUCAUGGCCAUCUUCUCCGGCGUGGUCUGGCUGUCGCUCAUCUUCCUGCUGCCGGAGACCUACGCCCCGGUACUCCUGCGCCAGCGCGCCGAGAAGCUCUCGCAACUGACCGGCAAGGUAUACCGCAGCAAGCUGGACAUCGAGCGCGGCCGCGUGUCCCUCUCCCAAACCCUCAAGACGGCGCUCUCGCGGCCCUGGAUCCUGCUAUUCAAGGAACCCAUCGUGCUGCUCUUCUGCAUCUACAUGGCCAUCAUCUACGGCACCCUGUACAUGCUCUUCGCAGCCUACCCGAUCGUCUUCCAGGAAGCGCGGGGCUGGAGCGAAGGGAUCGGCGGUCUGGCCUUCCUAGGGAUUCUGGUCGGCAUGGUAAUCGGCGUCGCCUACACCUUCCCGGAUAACAUGAAAUACGCUCGCAAGUGCAAGGAGGCCAAGGCGCGCCUGGCGCCGGAGAUUCGGCUCCCGCCCAGUAUCGUCGGCGGCGUCGCACUUCCGAUCGGUCUGUUCUGGUUCGCGUGGAGCAACUCCCCGUCCGUCCACUGGAUGGCCUCGGUGGCCGCCGGCGCGCCGUUCGGGUUCGGUCUGGUGCUGGUGUUCCUCAGCGUGUUCAAUUACCUGAUCGACGCGUACACGAUCUUCGCCGCUUCCGUGCUCGCCGCCAACUCCGCCCUCCGCUCGCUGUUCGGCUUCGCCUUCCCCCUGUUCACCACGUACAUGUACGAGAACCUCGGUAUCCACUGGGCCUCGUCCAUCCCCGCUUUCCUGGCCGUCGCCUGCAUCCCCUUCCCGAUCAUCUUCUAUCUGUACGGCGCGCGCAUCCGCAAGCAUUGUCCGUACGCUGCGCAGGCUGAGGCCUUCAUGCAGAAACUGGCUGCCGCGCAACAGCAACAACAGGCUCAAGCCGCUGCUCCCCGUCCGCUGGAGAAAAUCGGGGACCUCGAGAAAGCCGAGCCAGUAGCUAUGGCUAGUGAGGAGGACACUAGUGUGGUUGGCGAUAGUGGCAGUGACAGCGACAGCGACAGUCUGUCGACGAUUCCGUCGAGGACGGCCAUCCAGCGGCGGGCAUCGCGCGCCUCGCGGACGUCGCGCAAGUCGACGCAGUCGCUGGCGCGGACGGUCACGUACGAGGAGAACCCGUAUGAUAUCGAUCGAGUCAAUACUUGCAAUUCGACGAUGAGUGGUCGUCCAAGGAGGAAUUGAUUGACAUAAGGGUGGGAGAAUAUCCUCCCUGAGUCGGUUGACCGUGGCAGUCGUGGUCCUAAUUUCAUGGAUAUCAGGGUCAGCAGAGACAUAUACUUUAUGAUCUGUCUCUCAACGGGAGUUCGAUAUCAGGGCUCCGAGGCCUGAUAUGCCCUUCGAGGAGGAAAGUCUCGGACAAGACGGGAUUUAUGAUAUACACCUCUAUCAGCUUCCUCAAGCCAGCAGCCAACCGAUCACCUGAGGCAAACCAGAAGCCAAGCCGCUCUGGUACCAAGCAAGCGCUUCUAGCGCGUUGCAUUUAUACUACUUGCAUAUAGCAAGCGUCGCAUUCUCUCGACACAUUUGACUUUUUAGCACAUAGGCGUCUCAUCGCCACUUGUUGAUACCUUAGAUAAAAGCAUAUACACUAUCAUAAUGAUAUUUUUU